CUGCAGUCGGAGAGUGAGAUGGUGGAGCGGAGAGACGCUGUGGACGGCAGCUGAUGGAGCAGAGCUACGGGGAGGUGAACCAGCUCGGCGGGAUGUUCGUGAACGGCCGCCCGCUGCCCGCCCCGGUGCGGCUCCGCAUCGUGGAGCUGGCGCAGCUCGGCAUGCGGCCCUGCGACAUCAGCCGCCAGCUGCGCGUCUCCCACGGCUGCGUGUCCAAGAUCCUGGCGCGCUACCACGACACCGGCUCCAUCCUGCCCGGGGCCAUCGGCGGCAGCAAGCCCCGGGUCACCACCCCGGCCGUGGUCAGCAGCAUCCGGGACUACAAGCAGGGAGACCCGGGCAUCUUCGCCUGGGAGAUCCGGGACCGGCUGCUGGCGGACGGGGUCUGCGACAAGUACAACGUGCCGUCGGUGAGCUCCAUCAGCCGCAUCCUGAGGAAUAAAGUGGGCGGGUUUCCUCAGCAGCAGGACGGUAAACCGGCCCCGGUGCAGCUCCAGUACGGGGCCCGGUACCCGGCCUACUCCUCCUACAGCGGGCCCGGGGGGACCCACACCGGGACCCGGAGCGGCAGCGGGCCGGUCGGCCUGCCGCGGAGCUGGCACAACAUCCUGGGCAUCCGGGCCUUCAUGGAGCCGGCAGCCCUGUGUGGAUCUGAUGGACACCCAGCCAAGAUGGAGGACUGGACCAGUAUGACCAGUAUGACCAGUAUGAGUGGCGGCAGAACGUUUCCUGCUGAGAAAACCAACAACGAGCCGGAGCUCAAAUACCAACAACAGUCCUCGUCCAGUCUGCCUGGUUACCUCUCAGCUUGUGCGUAUUCUCCAACGAACCAGUACGGCGUUUACGGAGGUCCAGCAGCAAACUACAUGAGCUCCGGACACCACUGGCAGACCCAGUCCUCCAGCCUGUCUCCCAGUCUGUCUCCCAGUCUGACUCAGAGCCAGACUCAUCCCGGCCCUGCAGCACCACAGCAGGCUGCAGGUUUCCACCCUGCAGCAUCUUUAAAACUUCUACAAAGAGACGAGGAGCGUAAACCUCUGAGUCCUCUCUACAAACACCACAGAUUGUCUUCAGCCUCGUGACGACUCUGAGGAAACAGCAGAAGGUUUGUUGGGACGCUGAAAGUCUGAAAAUCAGCUUUUCUUCCUGCAGAGUCGAAGAGACAAAGUGACUUUAACUGCUGCAGAUUCAGCCUGAAGACUAGAAAACGAACAAACGCAUCUCCUUCUUCCCUCUGUUGAACUGUUGCUUUAAGCUCUUAAAUCUUUUUUCCCAUCUUUUUGUACUGAAAGGGAACAUUAAAGCUGUAAAUAUAUUUUUCUAUAAAUGUGCUUAAUAAAGACAUGC